AUGUCUGAAGCGGGGGGAUCAUCCGUACCUCCCUCUGAUAAUAACGGUAAUUCAACGCCAAAAGAUCGACAUGAGCCUAGAGGACGUAAACCCAAUGAUCAAUUACCACCUUCGCGAGCGAGGGAAGUGCAAAGAGCGUUCAGACUACGUCGUGCAGAACAUUUAGCUGCAUUGGAGGAACGGAUCUUACAUCUAGAACAAGAAAAUAAUUCAUUGAGAGCUUUAUUGAAUUUACCAAUAACGGAUAAAGGUAGGAUCGGAUCAGGUCCAACGGGAAGAGGUAAAUCACUGAAAGAAGGUGGUGUACCAAUGUCAGAAAGAGUUAGAGCUAGAAAAGAAGCAAGAGCAAGAGAACGUAUAGCAUUAGGUUUACCAAUGGUUGAAUCAUCAGAAAAUGAAUUGGAUAUGGAAAUGGAUGAAAGAGAUUUAAGAAAUACAGAUACUUUAUCUCCUAGAUUGGGUGCAACUUCAUCAAAUACUCCACUGAAUCAUCAAUUAUCGUCGAACAACAACAACAAUAAUAAUAAUGCCCAACAGCAACAACAACAACAACAACAACCUCCGUUAUUCACCAACCCACCUGGGAACGUAUCACCCGCAGCAUUCAAUUAUAAUCUACCUAUGCCAUUCAAUCUACCAGUUUCACCGGAUACUCAAUUCUCAGAUUUCACAAAUUCAGACCUGUACAAGAAUACAGUUGGAAAUGUGAAUGUAUCAGGUUCAACACCUAAUUUUGGUGGUAUGUUCAGCAUGUUCGACACUCCUCCCCCUUCUACCUCUAAUGAUCAAAACCAUAAUAAUGAUCACUCAUCAUCAUCGAACAAUAACAACAACAACAACAAUCAUCAUAAUAACCAUAAACCGAUAUCAUCUUCUUCGUCAAAUCAGCAUCAUCACCAACAACAUCACCAACAGCAUCAACAACAGCAGCAGCAACAACAACACCAACAACAGCAGCAACAACAACCGCAAGGCGGACAACCUGUACAAUUAGACUUAUUGACGAGGUUGAAGUCAUGUUGUCACGUAUCAGAUUCACACGUGGUGAAUGAUCCUGGAUUAUUAGUAUUCGCAACUCGAUUGUGUCAACAGUUCGGUUGUUCAUUCAAUGGUUCCCAUUUAGAUCCAAAUCCACAUUCUGAUAAUGAACAUUUGACAUUAGAAGACUCAUGGAGAUCAUUAAAGAUGACUUUGGAUCCAGUAGGUGAUCCAGAUGGUGAAAAUAGAAUUAAUACAGGUAAAAUGGCGAGUGAAUUAGUUAUCAGAGCUGCUCAAUCAAGAGGUGGUAACAAUCCAAAUUCAGGUUGGAUAAUGUGUAGAUAUAGAGAAGGGUUGAGUAUUAAGAAAAGUAUGGUUCAAGCUUUGGUUCAAGGUUUAGGUGGGAAAUUGGAUUAA